GCGUACCUGUUACAUAGUCCCAGUGUUGUGUUCGAAGAUUGCCAUGGUUGUUUUGCUUGUUUCCUAAAUUAAUCUGUCCAACAACAAUUCCAGUGAGCGAUGAAGAAGACGAAUGCGUUGUCGGUCUCAACCACACGCACUUACAGUUCUCUCUACUUCAAUCCUCUGAACCAGCCCAGCCACUGCCGAAGCUCCAGCACCGACUGUGUCAGAAAAUCUCAGUUUGAAUUUGAAGAUGAACACCCCGACAAAGAAAACCAAGAUUUCAAUGUCAAUGUCAACAAGCCCAAGCCUUUCAGGUCUCUCUCCACUGACAGAAUCUUGAAGCCCACCUCGCUUGAAUUCUGCAUGCAGAUGAACCACUUUCAAUCCUCCCUCAACAUUUGGGACUACUCUGAUUCCGAGUCCGCUCCUGCUUCAUCCUGGUCCACACUGCCCAACAAGUCCUUGAUCUGUAGACCCUUGCCCUUAGAUGUUGGAAGGUGCACAUGUUUUAUUCUGAAGGAGCCAACGCCACCUGGACUAUCAGGGGGCACUUUCUUCUCUCUUUAUACCAAUGAAGGCCAGGGGCGGCAGAACAGGAAGCUGGCCGUGGCCCACCACAAACGGCGGAAUGGGAAGUCUUACUUCGCCGUGGCUCAGAAUGUAAAAGGAUUACUCUCCCAUUCUGAUGAUACUUUUCUUGGCACAGUAACAGCUAACCUCAUCGGCUCAAAAUACUACAUCUGGGAUCAGGGGUAUCGUCAUAAUUCCCGUGGUAAACAACCAAAGCCACCUCUUGCUGUUGUGACCUAUAUACCCACCAUAACAACGUGUACAGGAAGUCACAGAAGCAUGAGAGCGUAUGUACCCAAGCAUCAAUGCAUGCCACUGAAGAACACAAACCAGGUACAACAUAUAAAGGGAUUGCCAAUGAAUUGGGAGGGAAAGGUGGACAAAGUCCAUCAACUGUUCUCAAAGGCUCCACAUUACAACAAGAUUUCAAAGCAAUACGAGCUUGACUUCAGAGAUAAAGGAAAAGCAGGACUCAAAAUCCAAAGAUCGGUUAAAAAUUUCCAGCUAACUUUAGAGGAGAAUGGGAAUCAGACGAUACUGCAGCUGGGGAGGGCAGGAAAAUCAAAAUUCGUCAUGGACUACAGGUACCCUUUGACAGGUUACCAGGCGUUUUGCAUGUGUUUAGCUUCCAUGGAUGCAAAGCUCUGUUGCACAGUGUAAUGGGGAAUUUCUGUUACCAAACUUGGUUCAAUCUCUGAACACCUAGGCAAACAAAACACAACUAGUUAAUAUAGACAGUGUCAGAUGGUGUCGUUUUCCCAAGGAAAUUGAAGAUUUUGCCGGAUUUGUUGUAAUUGGUGUCUCCAAGAUUCAACUCAACUCGGAAGACAAAGAUACCAAGUCACCAAAUCUUCAAACAAAAGAUUCCAAUUUAUAAAUCGUUAUAGUCCCACUUUCAAGUGUUCUGAACAUGCCUAACCUUGUCUCUCUGAAGCAUUUAUGAUUUAUCUAAUCUAAUGCCGAAAAUCCAUUUUGUCUCUGA